UUGAUGGUGCUGUGGAAGUCAAAGGCAAGAGUUUUGCUUCUAUCUGUUGUGAAAGGUUUUCAUGUUCUGCUCCCCACACAAAGGGCCAGCUAGACCAGCCAAAAACAGGGUUAAAAAGGAGGAAAAAAACAACUGCUUUAUGAAACUGACGCUCUAAGUGCACUGAGCAGCUGGAAGAGAGGUGAACUCACACACAUACAAAUAAAUAGAUGGAGGAGAAAGAGAACAGCACAGGCAGUGAGGGGAGUCUGCAGCCGUCCACAAUCCAUGCCUUUGCCAACACGUCAUCCCUUCACGGAAUCAGACACAUAUUUGUCUAUGGGCCCAUGACCAUGCGUCGCUUCAUGUGGACUGUGGUGUUUAUGGGAUCCCUGGGCCUACUCGUGGUCGAAUGCGCGGAACGCGUGGCCUUUUACUUCUCGUACCCGCACGUCGCCAAGCUGGAAGAGGUGGCCGCCAACAACCUGGUCUUUCCCGCCGUGACUGUCUGCAACUUGAACGAGUUUCGCUUUUCGAAGCUGACGGCCAAUGAUCUCUACCACGCUGGCGAGCUCCUGGGUCUGCUCAACGUCCACCUGGAGAUCCAGAGCCCCCAGCUGGCUGAUCCCCUUGUGCUGAAAGUUCUCAAGAAGAAAGCUGAUUUCAAGCAUUACAAGCCAAGGGUAUUCAAUAUGCAUGAGUUUUAUGACCGCGUUGGGCAUAGUCUCAAGGAUAUGAUGCUGUACUGCAAGUUCCGGGGAGUGCAAUGUACUCACAAGGACUUCAAAACUGAGAAGGACAUGGAGGACAGUGAGAUCAAUGUGGAGAAUAUUAAUAUGGAAGAGCAGUUUGAGAUUAAGAAGGAGGAGUUGUUGGGGCUCCUGAAGAGCAUUAAGGUGGAUAAAUCCCCACCUGAUGGAAUUUAUGAAUGA